AUGACCAUCGUCCCCACCAUUUGGGUUGAUGAUAAUGAUGAACCUUAUCAACGUCAACAUGACACUUUUAUUUAUAUGGUAAAAAAAUAUGAGGUAGAUAAUAUAGAUGGGGUAUCAUUGGGUAACGAAGUUUUCUUUCGUAAAGAGGUCUCACCUGAAGAAUUAUUCGGAAGAAUAGCUGAUGUACGACAAGAAAUUCAAUGGGAUUUAAAAAAAAAGGUUCCCGUAUAUACAUUGGAUUUAGGUUCAAACGUUGAUGCCGUGCAAAUGAUAUCAUGUGGCACCAUAGGAUGGCCAACCGCUGGCGCUUCUGAAAGUGCCGCUGUUACCUCCAUACCUAAUUUACAAACUUUCUUAAAUACUUUUAUUUGCGAUGCUAAUAAAUUAAAUACAAAUAUUAUUAUUUUGAAACUUUUGAUACUCCUUGGAAGAAAGAACUUGGACCAAAUUAGAAGGAAGUUGUGGUAUUUUCUAUAA